AGGAAGUGACUACCAGGUCAAUGUCGGCAUCAACUUAGCCUUCUGUAGAAAUCUGUACAUCAUGAUAGAUAUCUACAGCUCUUUCUACGCAAGUACUCGAGGCCCGAGCUCAGGGCAUCCGCAAUUUAUCAUGCCAGACGUCCAGGCAUUGUGGGCGAGCUAUUCCUCCAAACAAUUGUCUAUGGCAUCAUUCACCCUUGUGGUAUACGAUCAUGUUAUCACGUUCCCUCAGGAGGUAACCUUCUUCUGGUCUGGGCCAUGGUCAGCUGCGAGAAUACUGUAUCUCAGUAUCCGAUACUUGGCUCUGAUAGAAGUGAUUUUGGUCUCUAUGGUUCGUCAGCGUGAACUUACCCGUCACGGCUCCAACUAAUAGAUAAAUAGGAAGCGCCAUACCUUCCAAUUCUACCGUGGGUAGUUGCUAAGCUCCGCGUAACGUUGUUUAGGGUCUGAAUUACAAUUUUCACAGGA